CUCAACCUAUAGUCGUUUAUAUAUGACCGCGGCGAAAGGCUCUAUUUUUUCUUUCAAGUUUUGAUUUUUCUUUCGGGCCCUCCAAAUUUUACCAAACAAUGGCGGAAUCAAAGACCAAAUUUGAAGAGAUCAGAAAAUGGGUCUCCGAUCACAAGCUUCGUACCGUCGGUUGUUUAUGGCUCAGUGGUAUUACCGGUUCUAUCGCCUAUAACUGGUCCCAACCUGCCAUGAAAACCAGUGUCAAGAUCAUCCACGCCAGGUUGCAUGCUCAGGCGCUGACUUUAGCUGCUUUGGCUGGAGCAGCGGUUGUGGAGUAUUACGACCACAAAACUGAAGCUACCAACCGCUAUCCCAAAUUUCUGCCGCCGGAAAAUUUGUCUCACAAAGACUAAACUCUGAACCUCUAACCUGCAAUGGUGGUUACUGCAUUUUCUGUUUGGUACUACUACUACAGGAUGCGUAGCUAGAUAGAAUUUUUUCAGCGAAAUUUUCAUGUAUUGAUAAAAACAAAUUUGCUUAUUAUAUCAUUCUUUUCAUACUUUCAAAGGAUUGCUAUGUGUUGUAAUCUUAGUGUUGCAGAUUGCACACAAAAUACGGAUUUCUAAGAUAACGUACUGAAAACAAA